AUGGUCGAUCACCAGUGGACGCCACUGCAGAAGGAGGUUAUCUCAGGUCUGUCCGCGGGAUCCGUCACCACAUUGGUAGUGCAUCCAUUAGAUUUACUGAAGGUUCGUUUGCAAUUAUCCGCUACAAGCGCACAAAAGGCCCAUUACGGCCCAUUUAUGGUAAUCAAAGAGAUUAUACGUUCGUCGGCGAAUAGUGGACGUAGUGUUACGAACGAACUGUAUCGCGGAUUAAGCAUAAAUUUGUUUGGAAAUGCCAUUGCAUGGGGAGUUUAUUUCGGUUUAUAUGGUGUCACGAAAGAAUUGAUAUACAAGUCAGUGGCAAAGCCAGGGGAAACACAGCUUAAAGGUGUUGGGAACGACCACAAAAUGAAUUCGCUUAUUUAUUUGUCUGCCGGUGCUUCCAGUGGGUUGAUGACAGCUAUCCUAACAAACCCUAUCUGGGUUAUAAAGACCAGGAUAAUGUCUACAAGUAAAGGCGCCCAAGGAGCGUACACUUCUAUGUACAACGGUGUCCAACAACUGUUACGAACUGAUGGCUUCCAGGGCCUAUGGAAGGGCCUUGUACCCGCACUGUUUGGUGUUUCGCAAGGUGCCUUAUAUUUUGCAGUUUACGAUACCUUAAAGCAAAGAAAAUUGCGACGGAAGAGGGAAAAUGGGCUUGACAUCCAUUUAACAAAUCUUGAAACCAUUGAAAUCACAUCGUUGGGAAAAAUGGUCUCCGUCACUUUGGUUUACCCUUUUCAAUUAUUGAAAUCAAACUUACAAAGUUUCAGGGCCAAUGAGCAAAAAUUUAGGCUCUUUCCUUUGAUAAAAUUAAUCAUUGCUAAUGAUGGUUUUGUUGGACUUUAUAAGGGCCUAUCUGCAAACUUAGUACGGGCCAUUCCAUCCACUUGCAUUACCUUUUGUGUAUACGAGAACCUUAAGCAUAGGCUUUAG